AUGCUGCCGCCACCUCGCAGUACCUACAGUGACUGUUCAGUAUGUAUGACUUUGAAAGGGUUAAUCGACCAUGAGCGCGCUUUACAACAACAUCUCGAUGCGUUCCACCGCCAGGCCAACCAGGAUAAGAUGGCCGUGGCUAAUUACAGCCAGUUGUGCAAGGACUUGAAGCAGUCAAUUGCUGAUUUGGAAUGUGGACGGCAGUCACUGAAAAUUGCUCUUGAGAAAGAACAAAGAAUAAAAAGCGCAAUGCACUCUGACUUGGAGGUUGAGAAGCAAAAGACCAGCACAGCUCAGCGGAGGUGCACAAGUUUGUAUGCUGAAAAUACAACCUUAUGGAAAUUUAUUGAGGAAAUGGAAGUGGCCCCCAUAAACUCCAACCAUAACUUGCCAACAUUCCGUAACCUUUACUUCACAAACGAGGAGCUGCGGAAACGCCUCGCUGUAUUGCAGAAGAAUGCAUCCACAGUGGUCUGUGAUGGUGAUGGUGAUGAUGACAACGACAACGAUGAAGACGAUGAUGAGGAUGCUGCAACUGAGAUCAUGGAGGAGGAUGAUCAGUCCUCAAUUGAGAUUCUUUCUUGA